CCGAUACCAAUCAACCAGCAAAUCAGAAUGUUGUUCAUCAUGAUUCUGAGAUACAGGCCUAUUUUGGUUGAUCUGUAGCCAUUCUAAAAGGCACGUCAGGUCAUAGGGUAUGGAGGGAAGCACCACAGACUGUGAAGAUAUCAAAGUAGUUACCACACCUACACUGAAAGAAGACAAAGCCUCACCACCAUCUCCAGACAGCACUACUCCCCCUGCCCCCAGCACACAGGGUGUAGGUGGCUACCAGCGCCAUGGCAACGAUGAUGAUGCAGAGUCCGGGGCCACCGAGCUGGCGGAUCAGCAGAGAGAGCAGAGAACCAUCCUGAUCAACAGACCACAGAUCAACAAGUUCUGUUCUAACAAAAUCAGUACUGCAAAGUACAACUUCUUCACCUUUCUGCCCAAGUUCCUGUUUGAGCAGUUCAGAAGAUAUGCCAACGCUUUCUUCUUGUUCAUCGCCCUCUUGCAGCAAAUCCCAGACGUGUCGCCCACGGGACGUUACACCACAGCUGUGCCCCUGCUCUUCAUCCUGCUGGUGGCAGCCAUUAAGGAGGUGGUAGAAGAUUAUAAAAGACACAGAGCAGAUGACCUAGUGAAUAGACGAGAAGUUUUAGUUUUACGAAAUGGACAAUGGGUAUCCCUGUAUUGGACCCAGGUUGAGGUGGGAGAUAUUGUCAAGGUCAUCAAUGGACACUUCUUCCCCGCUGACCUCAUCAUCAUGUCAUCAAGUGAACCUCAGGGCAUGUGCUAUGUAGAAACCAGCAACCUAGAUGGAGAAACCAACCUCAAGAUCAAACAGGCUCUAGCCCAGACUGCCACCAUACUGACCAUUGAGGAACUGUCCAAGCUGGAGGGGAAAGUGGACCUAGAAGGGCCCAACAAACACCUGUAUGAGUUUGUGGGCAAUGUCAGACUCCGAGGCAAAAUGGCUAUUCCACUGAACCAAGACCAGCUGCUCUUGAGGGGUGCCCAGCUUAGGAACACACAAUGGGUGUUUGGGAUAGUGAUGUACACCGGCCAUGAGACCAAGCUGAUGCAGAACACCACCAGUGCACCAAUCAAAAUGUCCAAACUGGACAGGACGACAAACAUGCAGAUCCUCCUACUCUUUCUGCUCCUUAUUGCCCUGUCGUUGGUAAGUGCUGUAGCCUCCGAGAUCUGGACCAAUCGGAGGGGAGCCAAGGACUGGUACAUCGGCUACAGCCUGAUGGGACCCAACAACUUUGGCUACACGUUUCUGACCUUCAUCAUCCUGUACAACAACCUGAUCCCCAUCAGUCUGCAGGUCACUCUGGAGCUGGUCAAGUUCAUCCAGGCCAUCUUCAUCAACAUGGACAUUGAGAUGUACCAUGAACCGUCAGACACACCAGCCAUGGCAAGAACCUCCAAUCUAAAUGAAGAGCUCGGACAAGUGAAGUACAUCUUCUCAGACAAGACUGGUACCCUGACCAGGAAUGAGAUGGAGUUCAGGAAAGCCACGGUGGCAGGGAUGAUCUAUGGUGACAAUGCAGAAAGUGAAGUUGGAAGGUUCAGCGACCCCCGCUUGGUGGAAAACCUGCAUGCUGGACAUGAGACAGCUCCAACAAUCUACGAGUUCCUGACCACCAUGGCACUGUGUCACACUGUCAUCCCAGAACAGGUCCCCGAUGACCCGAAUGUCGUAGCCUACCAGGCCGCUUCUCCAGAUGAAGGGGCCCUGGUGCGAGCAGCAAAGAAGCUUGGCUUUGAGUUCAACAUCCGAACUCCUGAUUAUGUCAUCAUUGAAGCUAUGGGGACAACAGAAAAGUAUGAAGUCCUGAAUGUCUUGGAGUUCACGAGUGAGAGAAAGAGAAUGUCUGUCAUCGUCCGUGAUCCCAAGAAGAAAAUUAAGCUGUACUGUAAAGGAGCUGAUACCGUGAUCUAUGAGCGUCUGGCACCUAACCAGAAGUAUGCAGACGUCACCUUGAAACAUCUGGAGCAGUUUGCAACUGAUGGUCUACGAACGCUCUGCUUGUCAGUGACUGAGAUCUCAGAAGCUGAAUACAAUGCCUGGAACCAGAAGUUCUACAAGGCUGCUACAGCCCUGGUGGACAGAGAGAGGAAAGUGGAGCAGACAGCUGAGCUGAUUGAGAAGAACCUGAAUCUACUAGGAGCUACUGCAAUUGAAGACAAACUACAAGAGGGAGUCCCUGACAGCAUCGCAGCCCUGAGGAAGGCUGAGAUCAAAGUCUGGGUCCUGACAGGUGACAAACAGGAGACCGCCAUCAACAUCGGCUACUCCUGCAAGCUGCUCACCCCUGACAUGUCCCUGCUUAUUAUCAACGAGGACAAUCUUGAUGCUACCAGAGAAGUCCUGAGAAAACACAGAGAGUCGUUUGGGAGCACCAUUAGGAAGGAACAGAAUGUUGGACUGAUCAUAGAUGGAAAGACCCUGAAGUAUGCCCUGUCCUACGAUGUUGCCCACGACUUCAUGGACAUCGCUCUGUCCUGUAAGGUGGCCAUCUGCUGCAGAGCUAGUGACCCUGUGAAGAGAAAGGUCCAGGGUGCCAUCACACUGGCUAUCGGGGACGGGGCCAACGAUGUUGGCAUGAUACAGGCGGCACAUGUAGGAGUGGGGAUCAGCGGGAAGGAGGGUCUACAGGCUGCCAACGCUUCGGACUACUCCAUAGCACAGUUUGCGUACCUGAAUCGCCUCCUGUUUGUCCAUGGAGCCUGGAACUACAUGCGCCUGUCCAAACUCAUCAUCUACUCCUUCUACAAGAACCUCUGCCUCUACUUCAUCGAGUUCUGGUUUGCGUGGGUGAACGGGUUCUCAGGACAGAUCCUGUUUGACAGGUGGACCAUCGCUCUGUACAAUGUGUCCUUCACUGCCCUCCCACCCUUCUCCCUGGGACUGUUUGAGCGGACCUGUAAGGCCAACAACAUGUUACGCUUCCCACUGCUGUAUAAACCAUCUCAGGAUGGAGCCUACUUCAACGCCAAGGUGUUCUGGCAGGCCAUGGGUAACGCCAUCUUCCACUCCUUCCUCCUGUACUGGUUCCCUGUCUGGGCCAUGCGGCAAGAUGUGGGCAUCAGUGAUGGGAAGGCUGGAGACCUGCUGGUGGUGGGGAACAUGGUCUACACUUAUGUGGUCGUAACUGUUUGCCUGAAAGCCGCUCUAAUGUCAGACUCUUGGACGAGGCUGAGUCACAUCUCCAUCUGGGGCAGCAUCAUCGCCUGGUUCCUCUGCUUCAUGAUCUACUCCAACUUCUGGCCAGUCAUACCUCUGGGCCCGGACAUGUUAGGACAGGAACGUUACGUGUUGGGCAGUGGAGUGUUCUGGAUGGGCCUGUUCCUCAUACCCACCGCUUGUCUCAUCAGAGAUGUCGCUUGGAAAGCCCUUGAACGGACCUGCUUCAAGACGCUGCUGAUGAAGGUGCAAGAGUUGGAGAAGGCCCGUCUCGAUCCCGAGUCUGUCAUCCUUGAAGCUCAGAAGAAAACGGCGCAGCUGAUUGGUGAGCGGGAUGGCCUGCUGGAACAUGCACCACCUGCAGCAGCCGCACGGCCGGGUGAACCAGGCACAGAACAACAUGGCUAUGCCUUCUCACAAGAAGAGCAUGGAAUUGUGCCUCAGUCUGAACUUGUGCGAGCUUAUGACUCCACGAAGACCAAACCAGAGGGACUAUAGUGCAACAAGAAACCUAGGAUAAAUGAGAGAAAACAAAUAUUAUAUUCUAACACUAGAUCAGGCGGAGCUUUCAAAGUACAUGUAGCUAUAUUGUAGUGGAGUGUAGUUGUGUAGUGGUUAUGACUUAUUGAAUGUUGUGAAGCUAUUGUAUGUAUAUAUUUGAGGUAGUUACUGUCAAACUGUGUACUUAUACUCUGUUCAAUAUGACGCACAUUGGGUAAAAAUUAUGUAGUAUUGGACCUACACUUGUAGAUGAUAAUGUGUACCAGUAUUGAUUUGAAACUCUAGAAGCCCUGUUGGUGGUAAAGACAAGAUUAGCCAGAUAUCAUGCUUGUUGGCAAAUAUAAAAUCCAAUCUUUCUUGGAUGUGCUGUAAAACACUUCAAAUCAAUUUCUCAUGAACUGUGGACAGCCAAUGAGAACAAAAUGAAGCACUUUUGAACAGAGUUGCAAGUAUCCAAGGCAGUUAAAUAGAUAUCUGAAGAUAGAAACAUUUGAAGGAACUAAAUGAAGAGGGCCCGAGCCAAAAUAAUAGUGAUAGGAUGUUGGAAGAAGUUAAUAGCUUAGUCGCAUACGCUGUAUGGCUAUUCACAUGCACUUACAUGCAGUUGUAGUUCAGCCCUUACAUUGGACCUUUUGCUGCACAGCUUUAUACAGAUUUUUAGGUCUUGGCAUUGGCAGUAAACCUGCUCUAUCCUAUACAUGUGCAAUAUAUUGUAAGGAACAAGUGGUAGGUGUGUAGUUGGGAUGUUGUAGCAAAGUGGUAGAAACAAUUGGUGUAUGCAAAGUAUAACAAAAUAGAGAAUGUUCAGCUUGACCACUCCUUGUAACAGACCUUUAGCAUUGAAGAAUAUAUUCACAAUAUUUUUAUCAUAUCAUUUUUUUUUAUUUUGCUGCAUCUAUAAGAUUACAUGACAUGAAGAGGCAGUAUCUUGUUGUUUUGUAUAUGGCAAUAGUUAUACAUGUAUAAGUUAUUGUGGCUACUAGGCUGUGUGUUUGACUGUACAUUUUGUCCCAGAUUCAAUUUAUUUAUAAAAUGUGUGUUAACUAAGUGCGUGCAAGGUCUUAUGUGGUAUAUAUUUUUGGGAUUUACUAUGUGAUAUAUUACUGGGUUUAUUGAUUUAUGUAUUGUGCUCAGGUGUCAGUGGAAUUCAAAUUUAUGAUGUAUUGUUAAAUGUGAAUACAGAAUGACAACAGCAUGCAUCAAAAAACAUGAAAAAAUAUCAUACUAUCUGUCUAGGUUGUGAAGAAAUUUGAAAGGAGUUUAGAGAUAUUUACGCUACUGUGGUUGGUGACAAAAUAUUCUCAGCAUAGGUUGUAUCGUUAAGUAUAUAGCCUAAACCAUACGAAAGGAAAGGGGCAACUGGUAAAUAUAGCUUUACCCACAGGUUAAAAUUGGAGGUUUCAGAAAAUGAAUACUAGUAAUCCUUUCUGCAAGGAUAGACUCUUUUGUGGUAGAUAUUAUAAUAAUGGUUUUGCCAGUUUUGCAUUUCAUAUAUUUUCCAGUUAAUGUAUGGAAUCCCUCCAAUGUUCAGAUCUGUAAACAACAAAAAAGGAAAGAAUGCUUUUUAUAAGACUGUAUACACAUCAAGGUCUUCAACAGGUAGUAAGAAAAAUCAGGGCUUAAAGCAACGUCAUUCUUUGAAUAGUUCUCUCCCUAUAUGAGAAACGGUGCUAUUCGUGUUGUGUGCACAGCCAUACCAUCCAAUAUAUUGGUCCCGUAGCGUUUUAGCUUGCAAGUAUAGUGAAUUACAGUAACAAGACAAAUUGAAACAGUCACAGUUCCCCAAAACAUUUUGAAAAUCACAGCAUGAGACAAUCUUCCACCAAAUUUUAUCCACCGAACUUACAAGAAUCAUUUUAACGUUACAAACAGGCAACGAAGUUGCUUUGUUUAAAUAGCUGCAGAAAAAACAAACGGUUUUUGCUAUCUGUAAAAAAAAGUGGACAAAUCUAGUAUCUCGUGUGAAAUCUGGAAUGUUAUGUCCCGUUCCACGAAAGAAAUAAUCACAUGUACCCAAGAAUACGCAUUGUGCAUGAUGGCAUUUAUACAGGUUACUUUUGAAACUUUCAAAAGAUAUCUAACAUUCCUGUUAGAAUGGUAGGUUGUAGCCUGAGUGUACUCUCCAAGCAGAGGUUGGUGGGAAAAAUCCUUGCAUCAAUUUUUUUAAAUUAAUACAAGGAAAAGGCCGGUCGAAAAAAAUUGAUGAAAGGAAAAGGUCACAAAUUUUCCCACCAGCCUCUGCUUGGAGAGUAGCCUGAAUGUGUUUUACAUGAUUGUACAUGUACAUUGUACUGAUAUUAAGAUGAAUGCAAGUAAACCUUCCAAGGAAUACUGCUCGUACUGCUUUAUACUUGUUAUCAUUUGGUAUGUGUAAGCCUUGAUACAAAUAACUAGUGAAAGAUGAAGGCCACUAUCAUAGAAGGAUAAACGUCAAAUAUUUGGCAUACGAUUUUCAAGUUUGCUGCAUUACUGUCAUAAACUUCAUAACUGCAGUAUGUUCCAAAUAAAGCUAUCAUUGUUUUAUCACAGAAUAA